AUGUGGCUUGUGGCUUUCUACAGCUUCCUCGUUUUGCUGCUCUCAGCAAUGUCCGUCUUUCACGGUCUAUUUUUGCGCGCUUGUUGCAACUGUUUUUCUAUCUAUUUGCCUAAAACUUUUUUCCCCUUCUCACAUUUUGCCGCUUUCCCUUCUCAUGCACAAUUUUCACUUAUACAUUGUUAUUUUUCUCUCUUUUCUCUCUUAUCAUGCAUGACGCUUGUAGAGAAAUGCGUCUUCUUAUCUCCUUAUCGCUUGUUUUCUUAUUCGUUCUUUUCUUUCUCUCCCUCCCUCUCCUCUCUCUCUCUCUCUCUCUCUCUCUCUCUUUCACUUUCUGUCUUUCCUAUUCGUAUUCCACUUCUCUCUGCUGAUCCUUUUUAUACUGCCUUCAUUACUUACCAAUUUCCCAUUUGCUUCCGUCCAUAUACGCAUCCCUCCUUCAUCACCAAUUGGUUUUCUUUUUAUCUUCUUCUGAUUAAUGUCUCUGUUUCUUUUCUUUUCUUUUCUCUUCUUCCCUUUUUUAUCUUUCUAUCUUUCUUUUUCUUUUCGCGCAAGUGUCUCUUUUUGAGGUCUUUACCCUUUUUCUUUUUUUCGUUUCUUUUGAUGUCUUUUUCUUCUUUCUUUUUCUCGUUUCUGUAUAAUGUAUAUUUCUCUUCAUGUUCUGACAACUUCUCUCCUCUCAUGCCGAAGUUUACUUUAUUUUCUGGAAUAUCUAUGCAUUCUGUCGUUUACCUUUCUAGUUCUAGGCUUCCUUUUUGUAUUCGUAUAAUUGUGCUUCUUUCAGAAAAAGGAAUUUGUCCCUUAUUUCCUCCACAUUCUCCUCCCAAUUAUUUUCUCAUUGUUCUCUUUCAUCUUCAUAAUCAGUUCUUCCUUCUGCCUGUGGCCAUGACAGUUUCUCCUCCCCAGGAGGCGCCACUGGUUGUCACAACAUUUAUUUCACUGAGAAACCUUUCUCAUCUUGUGAAUUCUUUUCUUCUCAUUUUAUCUCAUAAAAAUUCUUUCUUCCUCAUUACCUGA